AUGUCUUUGCAAACCUCUUCGUCAUUGAGCAGCAACAAACCGCAGACUCCCGUUCAAUUUUCCAUUCUCAAUUACAACGUAAAUUUUGUGUAUACUAGGGAUGGACUCGGAGAUUCCAAUUCCAUGAUGGUAUAUAAAGCCAUCUUGGAAUCCGGUGCAGAUUUAGUUUGUUUACAAGAAACUCAUCAAGGAUAUGAACAAUUUCUUUUGAAUUAUAAUAAUCAAGAAUUAGCUCGGUUGUAUCCGUAUCAUGUGUUUUAUACUCAUGGCGGUUCGGGUGGAAUGGCAUUGUUAUCAAAAUUUGAAUUUGUUGAAAAUUCGGAAGAAUGUUUAACGUUGAGAGAGAAUGGAGUUGAGGGAAGUUGGUUUCCCAUGCAUUUGAAUCGAGUAAGAGUGCCAAUCGGAAAACACAGUACUUUGAAUCACAGUACUGAAUUUGUUGAAAUUCAAUUGGUAAAUAUUCAUUUGAGACCUCCUUUGAAUGAUGAUGGCUCAGCAACACUGUGGACAGCGUACAUGACCAACCAAUAUCGAUUGAAUGAGGUUCAAUAUUUAGUAUCACAUUUUGAGAAGAAGAAAAUAUUGCAAUCGAGUACUGAGCCACUGACCAGUGGUGAUCAUACGAAAAUAUUCAAACAACCACGCAUUCCAAUCAUCAUGUUAGGUGACUAUAAUGAACAUGAUCAUGAUCCAGCAUUGACAUUUUUGACCAAAGAGUGUCUGUAUCGAAAUGAAAGUACGGAGACAUUAACUCCAUUAUUUCGAGACGCACUGAAUGAAUUUGUUCCUCAGACAAGAGAAACACACAGAUGGCCUUUGAAAUUUUUAUGGGGAAAAAUUACUUAUUGGUCUUACAAGAGAUUGGAUCACUGUGUAUAUUCAGUGAACAAUUUAAAAUGUACAAGUUGUAAAGUCAUGGAUGGUUAUGAAGACAAUGCAAGUGAUCAUCAACCAGUAUUGUCAACUUUUGCAUUGGAGUUUUUUCAAUAA